AUGUUCAGCUGGUUGGGUACCGCUGACAGGAGGAAGAGGGACCCGGAGGUCUUUCAGACGGUCAGCGAUGGACUCAAGAAGCUUUACAAAAGCAAGCUGUUGCCGCUGGAAGAGCAGUACAAAUUCCACGACUUCCACUCGCCCGCCUUAGAAGAUGCCGAUUUCGACAACAAGCCCAUGGUGCUGUUGGUGGGACAGUACUCCACGGGAAAGACCACCUUCAUCAGGUACCUCCUGGAGCAGGACUUCCCGGGCAUGCGGAUUGGGCCGGAGCCCACGACGGACUCGUUCACGGCGGUGAUGUACGGUGACCACGAGGGGCUGACCCCGGGAAAUGCCCUGGUGGUGGACCCCAGGAAGCCCUUCCGAAAACUCAACGCCUUUGGCAAUGCCUUCCUCAACAGGCUCGUUUGCGCCCAGCUGCCCAAUCCCGUGCUGGAGAGCAUCAGCGUCAUCGACACACCGGGGAUCCUGUCCGGAGAGAAGCAGCGCAUUAGCCGAGGCUACAACUUCGCAGCAGUGCUGGAGUGGUUCGCCGAGCGCGUGGACCGCAUCAUCCUGCUGUUUGACGCCCACAAGCUGGACAUCUCAGACGAGUUCUCCGAGGUCAUCAAGGCCCUGAAGAACCAUGAGGACAAGAUUAGGGUGGUGCUGAACAAGGCUGACCAGAUCCAGACCCAGCAGCUGAUGCGGGUCUACGGCGCCCUCAUGUGGUCGCUGGGGAAGAUCAUUAACACGCCCGAGGUGGUGCGUGUCUACACCGGCUCCUUCUGGUCACGCCCGCUGCUCGUCCCCGACAACCGCAAGCUGUUCGAGGCCGAGGAGUCGGACCUGUUCACGGACAUCCAGUCCCUGCCCCGCAACGCCGCCAUCCGCAAACUCAACGACCUCAUCAAGAGGGCGCGGCUGGCCAAGGUCCACGCCUACAUUGUCAGCUCCCUGAGGAAGGAGAUGCCGGCCGUUUUUGGGAAGGAGAACAAGAAGAGGGAGCUGAUCAGUAACCUGGGGGAGGUCUACAGUCGCAUCGAGAAGGAGCGCCAGCUCUCCCGCGGAGACUUCCCCAACCUCAGGAAGAUGCAGGAGCAGCUGCAGGACCAUGACCUCAGCAAGUUCCCGCCGCUGAAGCCCAAGCUGCUGGAGACGGUGGACGACAUGCUGUCCCACGACAUCGCCCAGCUGAUGGCGCUGGUGAGGCAGGAGGAGACCCAGCGUCCGAGCCAGGCGGUGAGGGGCGGGGCCUUCGAGGGCACAGCCAAUGGGCCGUUUGGCCACGGCUACGGCGAGGGCGCCGGUGAGGGCAUCGACGAGCCCGAGUGGGUGGUGGCGCGUGACAAGCCGCUGUACGACGAGAUCUUCUUCACCCUCUCACCCAUCAAUGGCAAGGUGACGGGCGCCAGCGCCAAGAAGGAGAUGCUGAGGUCCAAGCUGCCCAACACCGUGCUGGGAAAGAUCUGGAAGCUGGCCGACAUCGACCGCGACGGCAUGCUGGAUGACGAGGAGUUCGCCCUGGCCAACCACCUCAUCAAGGUCAAGCUAGAGGGCCACGAGCUGCCCGCCACGCUCCCCCCGCACCUGGUGCCCCCCUCCAAGAGGAAAAUACCUGAGUAAACCUGCAGAGAGCCAGGGAGAAGGCCGGAAGUGCGCCAAAAUGCAAGGAAACGAGGCGGGAUGAAAGCACCUCAACAGGAAGUGAUGUAAAACCACAGACAUUCGACUCAACUCUUCCUAAGCCAUGCUCAACAGGAUUUAAGUGUUCGCCGUGUCCUCUUAAAACCGAUGUGCUUCUCUGGGGCUUGUUACAAUGCUAAUAUUUUACAUAUCCGUCUGAAUCGCAGGCUCCAGGGUUCAGCCACCUGGAAAGCGAGCUGGCUAACCUCUGCUCCUUAACCGCUGUGCCUCGCCGCUGCCUUCAGUUUGUCUGGACCUGAAGUGGCUCUGCUUCUGAAGAGGGUGGAUUUUAUCAGGGGAAACAGAUGGGUUCAGACACCUGUACACCGUCCGGUCACAGAACAUCUGAGAUUUCUCUGCUUUCCGACUUUCCAUGUGGUGCCAGUGUAUUAUUUGAGGCAUCUGCCAGGGA